AUGGCCAGGGCCGGCUUCUCCUGUUUCAUCGUACAUUUAUUCGCCGUCCUCUUCUCCGAUCUCUAUCUGCCAAACUCUGAUUCCAUCCACUCGAAAGACAUUCUACCUGUCCAGGUCGAAUUUGAUCUCCUCGGCACCGUACUCACGAACUUCUGUGACAUUUGCCUCAUACUUGCCAUUAGCGGACUCGACAAGGGCAUCCUCAUCGCGCACAACACAGAACCGAGCCAUGGCGAUGGCGACGUGCUACCCGGAACAGUCCAGCUCGCUGAUAAGAUAUUCCACUUCUCCGUCUAUGGACUCGCCGGUGUCCUUUUUAUUCUGAGCAUCGUCGCAUUUUCUAUUGGCCAACACCUCUAUUGCACCUUUGGUUUGGCCAGCAGCCGUAUCGGAUAUGACCACUCCUACGUUGGAUCAUCGUAUAGCCAGAUGGAGUUGGGCAAGGCAUCCCACCUCUUGUCUUUGACCAUGUAUUGUAUGGCUCUGGCUGUUGUGGUGUGCAUCUCUAUCAAGUCCAUCGUUACAAAGAUGCGCUGCCGAGGAGACAAGCGUGUUGCAAUGGUAUGUUGGCACAGUGACGUCGCUGAAACUCUCAUAUCGCACCUCAUCAUUCGUAUUGACGUCUUGUUCUUCCACCUGCAGGCAUGUACGUAUCUCAUUGUAUGCGAUUCGCUCCUUAUAUUGCGCAAUUCCUACAUUGUGGGCUUUGCUUUAGCAUUCAAACCUCGCGACGGCGCCACCAACACACCGCCUUCUGUAUUCACCGUCAUAGAUGUGAUUGCAGAUACCUGGCCGGCCUUGGUGAUCUUCUGCGUUCUUUUCGCCCUCGGCUGCAAGAAGCGCGGCCUGUGGUCUACGAAGCAGCCUUAUACACCAGGUCUCCUAGACGUCACACCUCAGCAAAGCCCUCGGAGCUAUUCGCACGGUACUAGUCAGCCAAGUGAAGCAGACCUAGAGUCCAAUAUGCAGGAACCCCAGAUGCACGAGAUGCCGCAAGUCACGUCCCGCGAGCACAUUCUGCACGAACCGAUGCCUCGGCACGAAAUCCCACGCCGCCCAGUGAAUCCGCCACCACUGCAGGGAGAGCAGCAGCAAAUACGAGAAACGUUGGAAGCUGAAGGCCAAGAUGAUUCACCCCCCGACUAUUACAGCGCUCGCCACCAAGCUCCUCCUCAACCCGUGCCCCAACACGCAUUGCCAUUCACCCCCGUCGGUGCCGGCGAGGAAGAAGCACAAGCAGGUCCGUCGUUUGCGCUACCAGUGCAACGAGGCUACGAUGGCGUACCACUGUCUGGCUCACCGCCCCCUCACGCGGACGCCAUGGGGCUUUAUCAUCAAGCAGACGGGAGAACACCGCAGUCGCAGCCUUUGCCAUAUAAUGAGAAGAGUUGA